CUGCGUCGGGCGGAUAUCAUCAAAGUGUUCGACGGUAGAGACACAAACGCACCGGCCAUCGCAAUGUUGUGCAACGAACUAACAGGUUAUGAAGUAUUAUUGACGGGUUCAUACUUAUUGCUACAAUUCACUGCCAACUCCGUAUCUCCGGAACAAGGCUUCGCUGCCACUUUCCAUUUCCAACCACCACCAGAUUCCACAGCAGCAGAUUCCGAUCGCCUCCUGAAAUUGAGUUUUGGAAAAGCCUUCGAGUCUCUGGGGCCAGAAGUUAGCGCAACAAGUAAGUGGCUUUUUGCAUUAAUGUACUAG